CAGUCUGGAAGCCUGAGUAGCUGGAGAAGGUACCGGCUGCCGCGCGGCGGACUGCGCUUUAUGGACAUGUACUGCUAUGUAUGCCUGAAGUACCUGAAAUGCAAAUUUGGGAAGACUUUGGCAUCUAAAUGCUUGGCUGGAUUAAACGCCUGAUGAGGAUGGUUUUACAACAAGUUGGAGUAAGCAUGCAAUCGGUACUUUGGUCUGGAAAGCCAUAUGGUUCAUCUCGAAGUAUUGUAAGGAAAAUUGGUACUAACUUAUCUCUGAUUCAAUGUCCAAGAGUUCAAUUUCAGCUUACCAGCCAUGCAACAGAAUGGGGUCCCAACCACCCAGGAGAAGAAACAGUGGUAUCUUUUGCUGAUGUCAGAUGGGUAGCCACAGAAGAAGGAGCAUGUUCAACAAGACUAAGGACAGAGGUUGGGUCAGAGCUACCCCAUAAGGAUCACCUUCCUUUUUUUGAGGAGUCCCCAAGCAGGCAGAUUUCCUUACCAAAUUUGUCUCAAGAAGAGCCUCCACUGAAGACUACAGCACUGGCUAAUGAAGAAGCACUGCAGAAGAUCUGUGCACUUGAAAAUGAACUUGCUGCUCUCAGAGCUCAGAUAGCCAAAAUUGUGACCCUGCAAGAGCAACAAAAUGUCAUCGCAGAUUCUACCACAUCUGUUACUGCAGUACCACCUCCUCCACCACCUCCACCCCCACCCCCACCACCCCCUCCACCAGGACUCCACCAAACUAUGUCUGCUAUCGAUCUGAUUAAAGAGCGAAGAGAGCAAAAAGCCCAUGCUGGAAAGACUUUGACCAAGAACAACCCAAAGAAACCUGACAUGCCAAAUAUGCUAGAGAUCCUUAAAGAUAUGAACAGUGUAAAACUUCGAUCUGUCAAGAGGUCGGAGCAAGAUGUAAAGCCUAAGCCAGUUGAUGCUACUGACCCUGCUGCUCUUAUAGCAGAGGCUCUGAAAAAGAAGUUCGCUUACCGGUAUCGAAGCAAUAGCCAAGGUGAAGUUGAAAAAGGAGUUCCAAAGUCUGAAUCAGCGGCUACCUCAGAGACAGCAUUGUUUGGGCCACAUAUGUUGAAGUCUACAGGGAAAAUGAAGGCUUUAAUUGAAAAUGUUUCAAACUCCUAAUGGACAUUGAGCUGAAAAAGACUGUCCUGGUUUAGCUGUUGGUUUGUGAGGGCUGAGUUUGACUAGUAGAAACUAACACUACUUAGUAAAUACCUGACUUCAGUAUUCAGUGGUCUCCUUUUUAACCUAAUUAGUGGAUUAAGCAAUAGUGAAAGCAUCACAAGUUUGGUUUUGUUUUUAUGCAGUGGUCAGUUCUGGAGCUCUCCUUAACAUACAUGUCGUGUGAUAUGUUUUAAUGUAGCCAGGGUGUUCAAGUUUCCAGUCUUGAAAACUUGUAAGAUCAUAGAAAAGAUGUAUGUGGGUGUUACUGUGCAUUUUUAAUUCUUAACACUAACUUAUCUGUACAAAUAUUUUAUAUGCAUACUUGGAUAUAAAACAGUUUAUAUAAAACUUAGUAAUGAACGACAGCAGUCAAGAAACUGUUACCUUCGUGUGUUUUCAAUGAUCAUUCAGUGGAGGAAAGAGCUCUGGUAUAACUUAAGUUAUUGGAGUAAAAUAUUUAAGAUCAGAAUUUGUCUUGAAUAGAACUUUAUCUUAGACUUUCACUUUUUUUGGAGCCGGGUUUUACAUGGGAAUUGGAUGAUGUUCACUGCUAAAAUUCCGUAAUGCUUUCCAUUAGAGAGAAGAUGAGGACUAGGAAAGCUGCUUACACCUCAUUGCCAUCCAAUGCUGAGGAAGCAAAUGGACUUUUCAAGUAGUGACAAAAUUAAUGAAUUAAAUUACUUAUUAAGUAAAAACCAAAAUGUACCAUCUUUUUUUCUUUUCAGUUUAAUAAAUGGUAUCAUAAAAAUAACUUGUUGCUAAGUUAAUAACACUUCUGGAAAUAUCAGCAUAAUGGAGUUUAAAAUUUUUUAAUAUUGGUCAAAAUAUUAACUAUGAUGAAAAU